GAGAAACUGUUCAGUUUCAAACCCCAAACAGCAGAACCAAUAAUCAAUUUUCUCAAAAAAGAGAAGGAAGAGAAGAAAAGGGGGAAGAAAAAUGCAGCAGGCAGCGGCACCACCGGCGAAUCAGGAUGCCGCGGCGGCGGGGGAUGCGCCGCCAAAGCAGGUGGCACAAGCGUUGGAGCAGCUCGGGCAGGCGGGGCGGCUAAUUGCUGAUGUGCGGCUCGGUGCGGACCGGCUGCUGGAAGCUUUGUUUUACGUGGCGGAGGAGCCUCAUCACCAGCACUCUGCAAAGUGUUUGAAUUUGAUCCUCAAAGAAGAAUCCUUAAUGCGGCAACACCUCCAGAACCUUAGUGCGAUUGGAAGGCAGCUGGAGGAAUCUGGUGUUUUAAAUGAUUCACUUCGUUCACGAAGUAAUUCUUGGGGCCUCCAUAUGCCUCUGGUCUGUCCAGAUGGUGCUGUUGUUGCAUAUGCAUGGAAGCGCCAACUUGCUGGCCAAGCUGGUGCAUCUGCUGUUGACAGGACUAGAUUGGCUCUUAAGGCAUUUACAGAUCAAAAAAGGCGAUUUUUUCCCCACCUCGCUGAGGAUUCUGUUGUAGAAUCAGCUAUGAAGAAACAUUGCAGUCCUCUGCCAAUAUCUCAAGAGGAACUUGCUGAUCAGAAAACAUUGGCUGAUAUCUUGUCGCAUCUAGAGAAAGAAGUUGCCAAUCUGCAAGCAUUUACUUACCAGCGUUUGGAUUGGUCAAAGCGGGCAUCAUCUUUGCCCUCUGCUGCAAAUGAAAGCUCCACAGAUUCUUCAAAAGAGCAUAGCUUUCCAAGCACAAGCAAAUGGGUACAAGGCUCAGUAAGCACGCAUGCUCCAGAUAAAGCUGCUGUGAUUGAGUUACUUCUCCCCUCGGUCUUUAGAGCAGUAGUAUCACUGCAUACGGCAGGAUCCAUGGAUCCUGAUGCAGUAGCGUUCUUUUCCCCUGAUGAGGGUGGCAGCUAUUUGCAUGCACGGGGUUUUUCAUUGCAUCAUGUAUUUAGGCAUGUUUCGGAACAUGCCUCUAUGGCUCUGCAGUACUUUACUUGUGCUAAUCCUGAGACAGCCCUGCAUUCCCUGCUGCACUGGGUUUGCAGUUAUCAAACAUUGUUCAUGAAAGUGUGCAGCAAGUGUGGCAAGCUUCUGUCAAUGGAUAAACAAUCAGGCCUGAUUUUACCUCCCUUAAAACGUCCUUUCCGCUACUACACUGCUGGUAGAAAAUCGGCAAAAAGCUCCACGACCGAGAACUGCAGCAUGGAUCUGAUUAAGGCCUUUCACAUAAGCUGCUUUUCAGAGGAAGCAUAGGUGACAAUACAUGAUGUCCCAGUGUAGAAUGUAGUCAAAUGUAUCUAGUGCACAAUUUGAACAAUAGCCACUCCUCUCUGACUGUCUUGCGUGUGGAUGGGAGGGUGUAGGAGUUAAUUUUGGUGUAGAUUGUAGAAUUAGCAGGUUUAGGAUGAUCACGUUCUUGGUUUUAGAGACUUGUUAGUCAUGUUUGCGUUGUUUAAAGGGACGAAAUGGCGGAGCGAUUAGCAAUACAAUCUUCUGAAAUACAACAGGCUAAAUAAUCUGAGUUAUUAUACUACAAUUCUUAAA